AUGGCCUCUCAUUUCAUUUUUGAAGUAGCAAUUCACCAACUCUGGGCAUGGCGCAAGAAGGUGCAACAUAAUGAUUCUUUUCAUUUUCCUCAUAAUCCUAGUGAUCUCAUCAUUGCUAAAGCCAAGGAAAUCCAUAAGUGUUUAGUGAAAGCUCUUGAUCUUAAUCAUCGAGAGGUAGAGUUUAUCAAAUGGGAAGCUCCCUCCCAUCCUUUUGUUAAAGUCAAUGUUGAUGGUUGCGCCAAGAAUAAUCCAGGACCUGCAAUGGGGGACUCAUUAGAAAUUAGAAUGGAGAAUGGAUCAUUGGAUUCAUGGAGAACCUAG